AACUGUAGUCAGAUCUGCUUUCCCGCCUGUAUGAUGUCUUCACGUUAAGAACCGUUCCCAUCUCUCUGCCCAACACCUUCUUCUGUCCGUACUGAUACCCAACUUGAUGCGGUGGAUUCCCGUGGUCACCGGCAUAUUGAAAUGUUUGUUCGUUGGGUGUUAUUUCUUCUCAUUGUUUGCUUUCAACAGGGGCACUACUACGAAGAGAUUCCCGGCUACUCCGCCGAGGAGUCCACGGCGAUUUACGAGGGGCUGAAAGACGCGCUGUGCAUCCCGACAAAAGUCGGCAGCCAUUUCGAAGCCACGAGCACCAACGACGUGAGUGUCCACAAAGGAACCGCUUCUGCUAUCGUGACCUUCUGGGUGCUCCACCCUACCUUCGACAGGCUCUGGCACCUCUCGCGCCUGGAACAAGACCCGGUCUUCAACGAGACUUGGAUAUCGGACUCCACCUGUGUCGGCCACAACGCGGACGACGUCCAGCCCUUCCACGAUCUGUUCCUGGAAGAGCACGAGGGGGAGCCUGACGUGGUCGGGUCGGCGGGGGGCGAAAGUGUGGGUCCCCUGAAGGGGUACUACACAAACGCGGAGCUGUACGACCUGCUUCACCCGGCGGGAAUGCAACUUCCGUACAUGUACGACAACUUCGCGUGGCCGCACUGCGACGCCCAAGGAGUUUUCAUCAACUGA